ACAGACACCUUGCUUUGAAAAAAAUGCCAUUCAUAACAUGUGUGUUGAUGUGAUAGUGUAGACAUUAACAGGGAUGUAAGUCAAAUUGAUUCACGGAUAGAUAAGGAUUAAAUAUGGCGUGAUUUUAGAGUGUAGAAUUUAGAGGACUUAUAAAGAGCCAGAUAGUGCCAGUGUUGUGUUCAGCAUAAUAUUAUCUUAGAUUGAUCUAUCCACAUAACUGUUCAGUGAUGGGCUGUGGACCAUCUCAAGUUGAGCCAGCAGGGAACACUGACAAUAGGCCAGGAGAAAAACCACAGCAGAAUGGUGCCAUAACUAAUGGAAAUAAGACAAGUGAUGUGAACAAGAAGUCUACAAUUGAUUCAAAUGCAAACGUACCAGAUACAGUCACAAACAAUCCAGUUCCCAAGUCAAUAGCAUUUACUGUUGAUUUAGAUGGAAAAGAAACAAAACAGAAGCUAUUGGGAGCUCCUCCUCCUAGAUUAAAGCGUUUAGAUCCACUUAAUGUGCCAAAAUUGACUGCAGAAGAACUCGCAGAAAAGCAGAGAAUAGCAGACGAAAAACGUGAUGCUCAAAUCAAAAGAAAACAGAGCGCAUCACUGAAAGCAUCACGACGUCGGCAACAGAUUCUAGAAGCUCAAAAGUUUGAUAAAGAACUUCAGCAAAAAGAAGUUGAAGGAAAGAUAACAGAAUCACUAACAUCUGCUGGCAAAACUCGAGAGGCGAAACUGAAAGAUAUACAAGAAAAACAGAGAAUACGAGAAGAGAGAGCAAAACGUGCUAGAGAAAAGGUAAAAAAGAUGAAUGAUUUGGAUCAUGAUCUGGAAAUGGAAGUAGAGAGAGAUGAGGAUUAUAAUGCUGAAGAUGUUGAAAUGGAGAUUGAUUCUUGGAUAGAAACUGAUUCCUGGCUUGACGGCGACAACAACAACAAUGACACUCGUUCUGCUGAUUCCGCUGAAAGAAUUUAUUCUGGAAGGUCAAGUCCUAAAAAACAGGCAAAUACUAAUGGCAUAAGGCGAGGAAUCAGUGCAAACACUAUAGAUAGCUUUGAUAAUGCUUUUAAUAGAAAACCACCAAGUGCGUCACAUAUAACCACCAACGGUAUUGAUGAAUCUCAGCGAGACGAUUUCUUCGACACAUGACGGCAACAUCUUGUUUUAAGUUUACCAAAUAGAUUUAGAAAUUCUAUGUUCGCAUUGCUUCAGGAUCAAAAAUAUGUUCUGGUUCAAGAUAUUCUAUGAAUUGCAGCUAAGAAUUUCUUGAACUGAAAACAUUUACAUUUUACAAAUAGUCUGACUUGAAAUAACAUUCUGUAAUCAGAAGGAUGUAAGAGUGUCCAGACAAGCAAACUUCAUGUUAAAAGAUUCAAAUCCUAUUAAUUCUUUAGUAAAACAGAAACUUUACCAGUUUUACCUUUACCUCUAUUCAAGGCUUAACUGGUACUCAGAAGUAUACUCCGUUCAUGAAGAAAGUAAUACAGGUUUGCAAACAAUAUAUGAGCCGCGCUAUAAGAAAACAAACAUAGUGCGUUUGCGACCAGCAUGGAUCCAGACCAGCCUGCACAUCCGUGCAGUCUGGUCAGAAUCCAUGCUGUUCGCCAACAGUUUCUCUAAUUGCAAUAGGCUUUGAAAGCGAACAGCAUGGAUCCUGACCAGACUUCGUGGAUGUGCAGGCUGGUCUAGAUCCGUGCUGGUAGCAAACGCACUAUGUUGAUUUUCUCAGUGCACGCCUCAUAUGACUGUCGGCUUUAUGAUAUCUAUUAUAAUUUACAGUUAAUGGUAACCUUUUCAUCUAGCCACUGUCAAAUUAAUGACAACUAUCAAGUUGUACCGCUGUGAAAUUAAUUUUUAUAUCACUCAAAAUUAAUUUUUGUAUCAUUCCAUUAUCAAACUGUUGAUAAAUAUUGCAUCUGAAGCUUUGUGUAGACUUAGAAAACCUAAUCUAUAUGUUAAUUAAUCUGUGAUAAGAAGAACUCUAGUAUGCAUGCAUUAUAUAUUUGCUUAAGUUUUGUAAAGAUGCAGGGCCUGUUUUUUUCAACAUUCUUCAUUAUUUCAGAGUAUGGGUUAAUUCAUAACAUUAAAGAGCUGUGUCAGGCUUAUGUUUUGGUGACUCCUGGAAAUCAUUAUGUUACUGGCAUCCUGGACUGCCACCUUACAAAGAAGGGUCAUUACUCUAUCAGCAUACAUAAACAUGUUUAAUAGAUUAAGCCAAGCCCCCUUAUAAGCUGGACAUGGUAAUGUUUACCUCUGCUUUUGUGAUCCUUCUAUACAACUUAAGACAAUAUAAACAUUUAGUUAUUUUAUAACUACCUAAUUUGAAUAAUCACAAGUUAAACAGUAUUAUCUGUUCAUGUAAUUCAUACAUAAUUGUGGUCAAUGUGAUUGGGGGAAACUUACCAGUUUUGUAGAAGAUUUUGCACAAGCAUAAGAUUUUGCUUGAAGAAACCUAGUCUGCUGUCUUAGUGACCAUUCCUUCUAUGUAGUUGACAGCUCUUGUCACAUUUCAAAUCUGAUUUCAUUAUUUUGCAAGGUACAUUCGACAUUAACAGCUACUGCGAAAUUCAGAGUAAUCCACUAAAUCUGUAAAAGGAUUUUUUUAGUUAUAUAUUUUAUUUGGAAGAGCUGGGUAUGACUUAAACGGGUCUUCAGAUAUCUGCUGUUGGUUGUAGGAAUUUCUUGAAUUAUGUUAUUGGCAAAAAUGUGAUUUUAAAGAAAAAUUGCUGUGAAAAUAUUUGACCUUCAAAAAUUAAAUUAAGAAAAAAUACAUAAUAUUGUACUAUUUUUUUCACCAGUCUAUUAGUUCUAUGCUUUCAAAUUGAUUUGGUUAAAAAUACAAUAAGAAUUAUAUGAGCCGUGCCAUGGGAAAACCAACAUAGUGGGUGUGCGACCAGCAUGGAUCCAUACCAGCCUGCGCAUCCGCGCAGUCUGGUCAGGAUCCAUGCUGUUCGCUAACAGUUUCUCCAAUUCCAAUAGGCUUUAAAAGCGAACAGCAUGGAGCCUGACCAGACUACACGGAUGCGCAGGCUGGUCUGGAUCCAUGCUGGUCGCACACCCACUAUGUUGGUUUUCCCAUGGCACGGCUCAUAUUUUAUCACAACUGUCUGAGGUCAUUUUAUUGAUAUGCAACUUUCUGGUGUAGGACAUUUAUUUUUGAACAAUUGUCUUGAUAUCUGUAAAUUAUUCUUCUGUGAUAUUUACAUACUGUAUAUAAUUAUUUACAAAUGUACAUGCAAAACUAAAAGAUAUUUAUUUACAUGCAAAACAACAGUAUUAGCCAUUAAUGAAAUUGUCUUGCCUGGGUACCAUAUUUAUAAGUUGUUUUUGAAUUUAUUAAUUCUGUAUAUAUGCAAAAUUUAUAAAAUACAUUUUGAAUUAUGGAGAACCAUUAUGAAUGAUUUAUUUUAUACCUGAGCUGCUCCAUGAGAAAACCAACAUAGUGGCUUUGCAUACGCGCAGUCUGGUCAGGAUCCAUGCUGUUCGCUUUUAAAGCCUGUUGCAAUUAGAGAAACCAUCAGUGAACAGCAUGGAUCCUGAUCAGACUGCGUGGAUGUGCAGGCUGGUCUGGAUCCAUGCUGGUCGCAAAGCCACUAUGUUGGUUUUCUCAUGGCGCAGCUCACCUAUUUUUCUCUUCCAAUCAGAGAUUCAUAUUUGUACCAUGUGACUGUCUAUCUUUUUUUCCGUAUCGGAUACACGAUAUUCAAUAUUGGAUUGUGAAACUUUUUAGAAAUUCCCAUGUUAAGGAUACAAUAAAAGCCGUUGACCGAUAAAAAUAUCUGCACCAGAAUUCAGCGUCAUUUACUGGUAACACUUGAUAUACUGUUCUUUUUAUGUAAGUUAUCAUCAUCAGUUGUUUCAAUCACCUGGAAUAAUUGUGCACGUCUAGUUGUUUUUAGCUCACCUGUCACAUAGUGACAAGGUGAGCUUUUGUGAUCACGCAGCGUCCGUCGUCCGCGUGCGUGCGUCCGUAAACUUUUGCUUGUGACCACUUUAGAGGUCACAUUUUUUGUGGGAUCUUUAUGAAAGUUGGUCAGAAUGUUCAUCUUGAUGAUAUCUAGGUCAAGUUCGAAACUGGGUGACCUGCCAUCAAAAACUAGGUCAGUAGGUCUAAAAAUAGAAAAACCUUGUGACCUCUCUAGAGGCCAUAUAUUUCACAAGAUCUUCAUGAAAAUUGGUCAGAAUGUUCACCUUGAUGAUAUCUAGGUCAAGUUCGAAACUGGGUCACGUGCCUUCAAAAACUAGGUCAGUAGGUCUCAAAAUAGAGAAACCUUGUGACCUCUCUAGAGGCCAUAUAUUUCACAAGAUCUUCAUGAAAAUUGGUCAGAACGUUCACCUUGAUGUUAUCUAGGUCAAGUUCGAAAGUAAGUCACGUGCCUUCAAAAACUAGGUCAGUAGGUCAAAUAAUAGAAAAACCUUGUGACCUCUCUAAAGGCCAUAUUUUUCAAGGGAUCUGUAUGAAAGUUGGUCUGAAUGUUCAUCUUGAUGAUAUCUAUGUCAAGUUCGAAACUGGGUCAUGUGCCUUCAAAAACUAGGUCAGUAGGUCUAAAAAUAGAAAAACCUUGUGACCUCUCUAGAGGCCAUAUAUUUCAUGAGAUCUUCAUGAAAAUUGGUCAGAAUGUUCACCUUGAUGAUAUCUAGGUCAAGUUCGAAAGUGGGUCACGUGCCUUCAAAAAUAGGUCAGUAGGUCAAAUAAUAGAAAAACCUUGUGACCUCUCUAGAAGCCAUAUAUUUCAUGAGAUCUUCAUGAAAAUUGGUCAGAAUGUUCACCUUGAUGAUAUCUAGGUCAAGUUCGAAAGUAAGUCACGUGCCUUCAAAAACUAGGUCAGUAGGUCAAAUAAUAGAAAAACCUUGUGAUCACUCUAGAGGCCAUAUUUUUCAUGGGAUCUGUAUGAAAGUUGGUCUGAAUGUUCAUCUUGAUGAUAUUUAAGUCAAGUUCGAAAGUGGGUCACAUGCCAUCAAAAACUAGGUCAGUAGGUCAAAUAAUAGAAAAACCUUGUGACCUCUCUAGAGGCCAUAUUUUUCCUGGGAUCUGUAUGAAAGUUGGUCUGAAUGUUCAUCUUGAUGAUAUCUAGGUCAAGUUUGAAACAGGGUCAUGUGCGGUCAAAAACUAGGUCAGUAGGUCUAAAAAUAGAAAAACCUUGUGACCUCCCUAGAGGCCAUACUUGUGAAUGGAUCUCCAUAAAAAUUGGUCAGAAUGUUCAUCUUGAUGAUAUCUAGGUCAAGUUCGAAAGUGGGUCACGUGCCAUCAAAAAGUAGGUCAGUAGGUCAAAUAAUGAAAAAACGUUGUGACCUCUCUAGAGGCCAUAUUUUUCAUGGGAUCUGUAUGAAAGUUGGUCUGAAAGUUUAUCUUGAUGAUAUAUAGGUCAAGUUUGAAACUGGGUCAACUACGAUCAAAAACUAGGUCAGUAGGUCUUGAAAUAGAAAAACUUUGUGACCUCUCUAGAGGCCAUACCCUUGAAUGGAUCUUCAUGAAAAUUGGUCAGAAUGUUCACCUUGAUGAUAUCUAGGUCAAAUAUGAAACUGGGUCACGUGCCUUAAAAAGCUAGGUCAGUAGGUCAAAUAAUAAAAAAACCUUGUGACCUCUCUAGAGGCCAUACAUUUCAUGGGAUCUGUAUGAAAGUUGGUCUGAAUGUUCAUCUUGAUGAUAUCAAGGUCAAGUUUGAAACUGGGUCAACUGCGGUCAAAAACUAGGUCAGUAGGUCUAAAAUUAUUAAAAUCUUUUGACCUCUCUAGAGGCCAUAUUUUUCAAUGGCUCUUCAUGAAAAUUGGUCAGAAUGUUCACCUUGAUGAUAUUUAGGUCAAAUAUGAAACUGGGUCACGUGCCUUAAAAAGCUAGGUCAGUAGGUCAAAUAAUAAAAAAACCUUGUGACCUCUCUAGAGGCCAUACUUUUCAUGGGAUCUGUAUGAAAGUUGGUCUGAAUGUUCAUCUUGAUGAUAUCUAGGUCAAGUUUGAAACUGGGUCAACUGCGGUCAAAAACUAGGUCAGUAGGUCUAAAAUUAUUAAAAAAAUUUGACCUCUCUAGAGGCCAUAUUUUUCAAUGGAUCUUCAUGAAAAUUGGUCAGAAUGUUCACCUUGAUGAUAUCUAGGUCAAAUAUGAAACUGGGUCAUGUGCCUUAAAAAGCUACGUCAGUAGGUCAAAUAAUAAAAAAACCUUGUGACCUCUCUAGAGGCCAUACUUUUCAUCGGAUCUGUAUGAAAGUUGGUCUGAAUGUUCAUCUUGAUGAUAUCUAGGUCAGGUUUGAAACUGGGUCAACUGCGGUCAAAAAGUAGGUCAGUAGGUGUAAAAUUAUUAAAAUCUUUUGACCUCUCUAGAGGCCAUAUUUUUCAAUGGAUCUUCAUGAAAAUUGAUCUGAAUGUUCACCUUGAUGAUAUCUAGAUCAGUUUUUAAACUGGAUCACGUGCGGUCAAAAACUAGGCCAGUAGGUAUAAAAAUAGAAAAACCUUGUGACCUGUCUAGAGGCCAUAUUUUUCAUGAGAUCUUCAUGAAAAUUAGUGAGAAUGUUCACCUUGAUGAUAUCUAGGUAGAGUUCAAAACAGGGUCACAUACCUUCGGAAACUAGGUCAAUAGGUCAAAUAAUAGAAAAACCUUGUGACCUCUCUAGAGACAAUAUUUUUCAAUGGAUCUUCUUGAAAAUUGGUCAGAAUUUUUAUCUUGAUAAUAUCUAGGUCAAGUUCAAAACUGGGUCACAUGAGCUCAAAACUAGGUCACUGUGUCAAAUAAUAGAAAAAACGACGUCAUACUCAAAACUGGGUCAUGUGGGAAGAGGUGAGCGAUUCAGGACCAUGAUGGUCCUCUUGUUUAUUUAUUAGAGAGAAAAAUAAGCAUAGAAUAAAAAACAUAUUUAACAAUUUCCUGUACAAUACAGGAGUAUGUAAGUGGAUAGGUACUCCUCCUAGUGGCUCGUCCAAAGUUUUUCAGAUAGGUAAUCGUGGACGUGUAACCAUCGUAUUGUACAGAAAAGUGUUAAAAAACCCAAUAGUAUGUUCCUGUAUGGGAUGUGUAUGGUUUUUGUCUUGAUAAUGUAUUACAUGUAAAAAGUCUGUAUUUAAUUGAGCAUAUGGAUAAAGACAUGUCUAAAUUUGCUUAAAUUACAUUUGGUAUUAUCUGCUAAGCCUUUUUAAAACAAAGUACUGGUAGUUAUAAUGCACUUUAUCUUUAGUGCAGUCAGAAAGGCAGGACAGAAUUUAACUUUUUAAAUUACAUAAUGAAAAUAAAUCUUGAAUAGUUAAUAUUUAAUCUUAUCCUGUAAGGCAGAUAUAAUAAUUUAUUUGAAUAUGAAGAUAUAAUAUUAAAGGUGGGGGAUUUUUUAAAAUCAAAACAAGGGCUUCCUUGACAAGGUUGUGAAGGCCGCAGACUUCUCUUGCCCUUCACCACUGCUGGUUUGAGCCCUGCAUUUGACAUUGUAGUCAUGUGAGGAAGCUAUCCAGCUGAGCAGUUCUACCCUGGUGCCAGCCUGUUCCUGAGAUAAUGCCCAGUGGGGCACCUAGUGUGUUCCUCCAUUAUCAAAAAGUAGGAAAGUCGCCAUAUGACCUGAAUUUUGUCAUUGGUACUUCGGUCCCAACAAAAUAUAUCAGAUCAAAAUAUCUCAUCAGAAAAUUGUUUAAGCCACUUUGUAUCUGACACAAGUUCAUAUGUUCAUCAGAAAUAUUAUAUAUCUUAUCACAAAUUCCUGUAAAAAGGCAUACUCUUGAAUACUCGUUAUACAAUUGAAACUGUGUAUCUCAAAUUUAAAGGGAUCAAUGGUUUUACUACUGAAUACCUGAAAUUCAACUUCUUAAUUAAAAGAUUUUGAUAACUCAUUGAUGAUGAUUUAGAUAAUUUAUGGGUGAUGAUUUAGAUAACUCAUUGAUGAUGAUUUAGAUAACUCAUUGAUAAUCACUUAGGUAAUUCAUUGAUGAUGAUUUAGGUAAUUCAUUGAUAAUGAUUUACGUAUAAAAGGGUUUGUGGCAGAGGAUACUGUAUGUAUUUUUUUUUUGUAACUAAGAUCUGAUUUUGAUCUUCAAGUCUAAAUCUUUAACAUAUUCCAAAUAAUUGGCUUGAAUACAUCAAUUUACAAAAUCUAUUCAAUACCAUGAACUUAGUUAAUUUUGACUAUUACUUGGUGGACACGAAACGAAAAGGAAUUUUACUUGUUUUAUAGGAUCAAAUUUUUUGGAUUGACUUGGCAACAAGAAAUUAAUCCCCCAUUAGUAGUAGUGAUUUCAUGGUAUAUUGCAUUUUCCAGACUGUCAUUAAUUUGUUCGUAGUGUGUGUAAAUUUUUAUUAACAGUAUAUUUAUGGGUUUUUUUAUAUUAUAUACUUUUUCAUUGUCUUGUUCUAAAAGAACUAUGGUACAUUUUGGUAGUACUCUUCACAUACUUUGUAAUGAGCAUUUUUCACAUUUUGUUAUAUAUUACAUUAAAUUUAUAUAUGUUCAAGAUUGUUUAAGAUUUUCUAUUUUUAGAUUUUUUAAUUUGAGUCAAAAGAAUUUCUGUAAGAAAUCUUCCAUUAAUGUGUCUUCAGAAAGUAUAAAGCUUGAUUUCAUAUGAGAAAUGCCAGAUAUUUUUCAUUGCUUAUUUUAUGUGAUGGAUGUGUGAGAUAGUUUGUACAUACUGGGUCAUGCAAGCUUUUUCUAGUAGUUGUUGUGGCACAAUUUUCAGCAAUUCACUUGUUGAGUUUUCGUAUUUUAUACAUGUUUUGUGUGCAAAAAUUGCCAUAUUCCUCUUAUUAAUUGGUCAUGCAAUAUUUGUUUUACCACAUAUAUUCAUUUUUGUCUUCAAGAAAACUUUAAGAUAAGACAUUUUAGAAGUUCUGUUUAGCUCACCCUUGAGCUAUAAAUGUAGGUGGAUUGUCUGGCGUCCCUCAUCCAUGGUCCUGCAUCAACAAAAUUACACCAAACUUGGUCAGUAAUAUUGUUUACCUUGGCUCCUUUUAGGGGCCACCAGAGCUAAAAAAAGAAAAAAACUUUUGACCAUCUUCUUAACUUCUUGAUGGGUCUUCAUCAGUCUUUGUCUGUAACAUUAUUAUAAGGUCCUCUCCAAAAUUUAUUCAAGUGGGAGCACUUGGCCCCUUUUUAGGGCUGCUUUUAAGAGUCAAAAAUAGAAAUUCUUUUAAACAACUUCUCAUAAACAGCUGAAUGGAUAUCAAACUUGGUCAAUAGUAUCAUUAUAAGGUCCUCUCCAAAGUUUGUUUAAGGGGCAGUCUGCCUUUUAAGGGCUGCUAUGGUUAUAAAUAAAGAUACCUUUAAUCUGCCUCUUUUCAUGAACCUCUUAUGGAUCUUCACCAGGACUCAGUCUGUACCAUUAUUAUAAGGUCCCUCUCAUUAAUUUGUUCAGUUGGGGCUAUUGGCCCCCUUUUACAGGCAACUAAAGCUGAAAAAAGAAAAAACUUCACACAACAAUUGGAUGCUUUGUUAAGGUAGCAGAGAGCUGAAAAAAUCAAAAAUACAUUUACAUUGAAAAGUCUUUUUAUGCUGCAGAUGUAAUUAAUAUAUGGAAUAUGGUUAUCAAAUUUCAUAGAUAAUAAAAUUUUAUAUAUGUUUGUUCUUUACUAUAAAAUAAAUAUUUCAUAUAAUGUU